UGACCUUACGAGCGGUUUCGCGUUUUUCGUGCCAAUCACUUAGACCCCAAGCAACUUCUCUUUGCGUUUUUCUUAAUAUAAACUCAUCUCAAAGACCGACCAAAUACGAAAAAAUAAUAUAAAAAGAACCUCAACAGAUCUGCAUUUAUUACGUUUAAGUCAUACAAUCAUCUAAAUCACAUUUAACUUGGAUCCACACAGUCAUCGUUAGUGGUUAGAAACAUCGACAUCUUUAAGAAUGUAACGUGUUAUAUUGAACGUCCUCUCCUGUGUUUUAUUCUAGUUACUACAGAAACGAAAACAAACAAUAAAGAUACUAAAACAAUGCCUUCACUCUGAAGAUUAUUAAACAUUUAAACCCUCCAACUGUCAUUAAAAGUUUCUCUUCGAUUCUACUCAUUUUUUCAUACUUUUCCUUCUCUUCCCAAGGCUGCCAAAAACAGAGUAAACGAACCCCAAAAUGAGUAAUCAUAGGAAGCAGAGCACCACCACCGUCAUCUUCCUCUGCAUCACCAUCUCCUCCUUAUCUUUCUUCUCCAGCCACGUCUCCGCCUUGGGAGUAAACUGGGGAACAAUGGCGACCCACCAGCUCCCUCCAAAGACAGUAGUACAGAUGUUAAAAGACAACAACGUGCAAAAGGUAAAGCUUUUCGACGCAGACACAAACACCAUGGUAGCUCUUGCCGGCUCCGGCAUCGAAGUUAUGGUCGCAAUCCCUAACGACCAGCUCAAAGCCAUGGGAAGCUACAACAGAGCUAAAGAUUGGGUCCGAAGAAACAUCACUCGUUUCAACGACGACAUCAAAAUCAAGUACGUCGCUGUAGGGAACGAACCCUUCUUAACAUCUUACAACGGAUCAUUCAUAAACCUAACGUACCCAGCACUCUUCAACAUCCAAAAAGCACUAAACGAAGCCGGAGUCGGAGACUUCAUCAAAGCCACCGUACCUUCAAACGCCGACGUCUACAGCUCUCCCCCGGAGAAUCCCGUCCCAUCCGCGGGGAGAUUCCGACAAGACAUCUACGAAGAGAUGAGACUCAUAGUGAACUUCUUAGCUCACAACAAAGCUCCCUUCACGGUCAACAUCUACCCUUUCCUUAGCCUCUACCUAAGCAGCGACUUCCCUUUCGACUACGCCUUCUUCAACGGCCAAAACACCGUCAACGAUAACGGCAACGGCGUCGUCUACACUAACGUCUUCGACGCCAACUUCGACACGCUCUUGGCUUCGCUUAAAGAGUUAGGACACGGAGACAUGACUGUUAUAGUCGGAGAAGUUGGUUGGCCAACGGACGGCGACAAGAACGCUAACAUCCCAAACGCGGAACGCUUCUACGCAGGCCUUCUUCCGAAGCUAGCUGCCAACAGAGGCACACCCAUGCGUCCCGGCUACAUCGAAGUGUACCUCUUCGGAUUCAUCGACGAGGACGCGAAGAGUAUAGCUCCUGGGAACUUCGAGCGUCACUGGGGGAUAUUCAAGUACGAUGGCCAGCCGAAGUUUCCAGCUGAAUUAUCAGGGGAAGGUGAGAAGAAGGCCUUGACAGGAGCUCAGAACGUUCAGUACUUGCAGAGCCAGUGGUGUAUGUUGAAUCCUAACGCGAUCAGUUUUAGUAACAGUACUAACCAGCUUGGAGAUAACGUGAACUACGCGUGUACUUUCUCUGACUGUACUGCUUUGGGGUAUGGUUCGUCUUGUGGGAAUCUUGAUGAGGUUGGGAACGCGUCGUAUGCGUUUAAUAUGUAUUUUCAGGUGCAGAAUCAGAAGGCAGAGGCGUGUGACUUUGAAGGGCUUGCGAUGAUUACUACUAAGAAUAUUUCGAGAGAUCAGUGUAAUUUCCCUAUACAGAUUGGUGAUCCAACGUCAGGGCAUUGUAUGUAUGGUGGUUCUAGUGUCCGGUUCGGUCUGGUUAGUAUGUUACUGCUCUUUAUGGCACUAUGAGCUCCUGUUUUGUACUACUAUACUGCUGAUUCUUGAGUGACCAUUAUAUAUACAUAUCAAACUUCUUCAGGAGAUUGUAAUACCAUAUAGGCAUAUAUGAUACAGAUCAAUUGUUUAAGGGUUUUUAUGAUUUUGUUAUAUAUAUAGAUUUUAGACUUAUUGUUUUAUUUAGUUUUAUAAUUUGGUAAAUAAAAUUAAGAGUCUUAUCUUUGUUUCUUGUUUUGAUUGAUCUAUAGAGAUGUCAACGAGUUCAAGAAUGCUUUAGUUUAUUCGAGAAUUCUUAGACUAAACAAAUAUCUUUGCAUUUUCGUAGCUUCGGCUGCAUCAAUAUAGCAAUUUGAAUCUUUUAAGACACUAAUCAUUUGAGGAAUGCACCGUUAGCAACAAUGACUUGGCCAUUGAUCCACUCACCACCAUCACUAGCCAAGAAACCAACGACAGGAGCAAUGUCUCUGGUCUCACCAAGCCUACCAAAAGGGCUCCUUUCGAUGAUGCUCUUCACUGUUUCCUCGCUCUUCCCACUGAAGAACAUCUCAGUGGCGACAGGACCUGGAGAAACACAGUUCGCAGUGAUCCCUGUGCCUUUGAGUUCCUUGGCGAGAAUCUUGACCAUUGUUUCAACGGCUGCUUUGGAUGCUGUGUAAGCUCCUUGUCCUGGGAUUAACGCCUCGGUUAAGGAAGAAGUCAGGAGUAUGAUCCGACCACCGCCUCCACGUUUUAGCCUCUUCGCAGCUUCUUUGCAGCACAAGAAUGAUCCUCUCGUGUUCACCCUGAACAAAACAACAGUUCAAGAUAGUCAUUGAUAUUCAGACAAUGUAAAAGAAACAAAGUUUGACCUGAAAAUGCGAUUGAAAUCAUCAAUGGGAGUGUUGGCGAUGGUGGGGUAGUUGGGGUCGACGAUCCCAGCCGAGUUAACCAGGAUGUGAACCGGCGAGUUGAAGGCUUUCUCCGCCGCGUCGAAGAGGGACUCUACCUGGUUUGAGUUCGAGAUAUCGGCGCGGAACACGACGGCUACCGGUUCCAGACCAGCACCGGCGGAUGAGUUGAUUUCCGCGGCGCCUUGGUCGGCGUCAGUGGAUCUGGUGGUGUAGUUGAUGACUACCUUUGCGCCGAGCUCGGCGAGGUGUAUGGCUAUGGCUCGGCCGAUGCCACGAGAUGAACCGGUGACUAUCGCGACUCGGCCGGCGAGGGAGUACGGCGGA